GGCCCGCCCCCGCCCCCCGCUACUCCCGCGGCCGGCGCGGAGCCGCCGCGCCACACGGGAGCCCGGCAGCGCGCGGAGCAGCCGAGCGGCACGGGAGCCCGGCAGCGCGCCGAGGAGCCGCGCCGCUCCCGCUCCCGCUCCCCGCUCUCGCCCCCCGCUCCCGGCCCGGCUCCUCGCCCCCCCCCGCGCCGCGCCCCCCUGCGCCGCCGCCCGGCCCCCCGACCCGCGUCGCUGGCGCCCGCUCCGGUUCGGGUGGUGCCGGCCCCGGAGCCGCGCGAGGGGGCCGGGAUGCUGCUCUCCAAGAUCAACUCGCUGGCCCAUCUGCGCUCGGGGCCCGGCGGGGAGCUGCACGCGGCCAAGCCGCAGCCAGGCAAGGAGAAGGAGCCGCUGGAGAAGCUGUACCAGGUGGGCCCGCUGCUGGGCAGCGGCGGCUUCGGCUCGGUCUACUCGGGCGUCCGCCUCUCCGACGGCGCCCCGGUGGCCAUCAAGCACGUGGCCCGCGACCGCAUCUCCGAGUGGGGCGAGCUGCCCGGCGGCACCCGCGUGCCCAUGGAGAUCCUGCUGCUGAAGAAGGUGGGCUGCGGCUUCCGCGGGGUCAUCCGCCUCCUCGACUGGUUCGAGCGGCCCGACAGCUUCGUGCUGGUGCUGGAGCGGCCCGAGGCCGCGCAGGACCUCUUCGACUUCAUCACGGAGCGCGGCGCCCUGUCCGAGGAGCUGGCGCGGGGGCUCUUCCGCCAGGUGCUGGAGGCCGUGCGGCACUGCCACAGCUGCGGCGUCCUGCACCGCGACAUCAAGGACGAGAACAUCCUCGUCGACCUCGCCACCGGCGAGCUCAAGCUCAUCGACUUCGGCUCCGGCGCCCUCCUCAAGGACACGGUCUACACGGAUUUCGACGGCACCAGGGUGUACAGCCCUCCGGAGUGGAUCCGCUACCACCGCUACCACGGCCGCUCGGCGGCGGUGUGGUCCCUGGGCGUGCUGCUCUACGACAUGGUCUGCGGAGACAUCCCCUUCGAGCACGACGAAGAGAUUGUGCGGGGCCAGGUGUACUUCCGGCAGAGGGUCUCUGCAGAAUGCCAGGAUCUCAUCAAAUGGUGUUUGACCUUGCGACCCUCGGACAGGCCAUCUUUCGAAGAUAUUUUAAACCAUUCUUGGAUGCAAGGUGUCCAUCUACCACAGAAGACAGCGGAGAUCCACCUGCACAGUCUGCUGCAGGAGUCCAGCAAAUAACUCCUUGCAUCUCCUGGCUGUAAAAAACAAAAGAAAACAGAAUUCUUCUUCUUUGUGACUGUAGCACUGAGUGGGGAUCAUCACAUGGGAACAUCUACAUCUUACUCCAGAGCUAGACCAAACUGGAGAGUCUGUCAUCUAAGCGCUGGUGGCCACGAUCCAACCUAGCUAUCCUGGACUUGAACUUAAUGGUCCUGUCUCCCUUGAUAUCUUGCCAAUCAACUUCCAGUGACGUUUUACGGGCGCUCCCACGAGUGUCCCUGGCCUGCUGAAUUCGGGACUGAGAGGAUCGGAGACGUCACAGCGAGAAAAGCUUCAACCAGGGAAAACUGUUUUGGGGGUGGGGGGGGGUGGGCAAAUGUUGUGUCCAAAUAGUUGUCUCUUCUUCACUGUCACCGUGUUCCGAGUGCCUUCAGUUGCGAUCUGGGCUGUGCUGGAGGAAAUACUUGAAUCUUCCUACACUGCUGCUUUUUCCAAGACUCGCCUGGGUAUAUAGCUACUUCUUCCCUUUCCGAAAAGGAAACAGGUCAGAAGAAACUUGGUCAGAAGAAACACGGGAGCGAAGCGGGUAACAUCUUUCAGCUCCCGUGGCUUCCAGCGUGUGCUGCCUCGCGUGAACUUUCUUCCUUCGGCUCCUUGCUUCCCAUGCCCUCACGAAUGCACAAACAAUGCAACCCAACUGAGCUGUAAAUGUGUACAGGAUUAUACAGGAGCAAAGCUUGGUGUACAGUUGUUAAUAAUAGUAACAUUUUACCUUUUUUUUUUUUUUUUUUUUCCCCUCCAGGUUUUGUUUUUAAUUUAUUUUCAUGGAUUUGUUUGGGGGUUUGUUUUUUGUUUUGUUUUUUUUAAAGGAAAGGUCCUAGCCAGUAGGAUAACUUAUUUAUUUAUUUAUAACUCAUGUGGGUCCCCGACCCAUGCCUCGCUUUUCCAGCCGCUGAUCCCCGGGUUUCCCGCGUGGGUCUCGCCUCCGUGUCCGUCCCGCGUCCCUCCCCGGGCCUCGCCGCCUGCCUCGCCGAGCGCUUCGGUUUGAUGUCUCGCCGCCGCGCGGAGCAGCCGCCUGCUUCCCAGCUCUCUGUAAAUAGCUCUGGUUGCUGUCGUUCCCUUCCACGCGCAGAUCUCGGUUUGCAGAUGAGUUUUGGGUUUUCCCCGUGGGGGGGGUUGUCUGGGGCGGGGGGUGUCCUGCGCGUGUGUGUACCUAGCGCUCUUCUCGCCGAGCCGUGGGGGGAGCUGGCCAGGGCUGUCUGCACUGUCGAGUCUGUACGUGUCACCGGUGUGUAGCCAGCGGGUUUUUGUUAAUAGUUAAUAUUGUACAGGGGAAUUCAGAAAUCUUAUUUUUUUUAUACAUGCGGUUUUAAAUAAAAACAAAAUUACUUGA